AGCUCGCGGCGGCGUACGACUUGGAAGCUACCUUCUCGCCGCCACCAGCGAUGAAUCCUCCGCGACCGCACCUCGUGCUGGAGCCCUCCGUCUCGACCACAAGAGUGGUCACGACGACAACUACGACCACGACAUACGCGCCCAUCCCGCUGCCUCCACUACCCGCGCCAUCAUCUCCCAAAGAUCCCAAGAACUACCCUCUCCUCCAUGCGAAGCUCCCCAACUCCCUUAGAAGUUUCCCUUUGGUCUUCCCAGGCGGCGCACGCGCGACUUUCCGCGAUGGUGAUGUCGGUGACGAGGACAUGCAGGACGACGAAGAGCUCGCGUCCGGCACGGGGUGGCGCAUGCUCCGACGCGAUGAGGAUCCAAACACGACACCAGUCGUUGAUCUGGUGGAGGCCGUCGAACGCUAUGGCCGAAAACGCUCCCUCGGCACCGAGUCCACGAUGGAGGGUGUCGAGAUGAUCCCCGAGGUCGACGCCGCCACACCUGCCCCGCCGCGAAAGAAGGCGCGCGCGACACCCCAGACACAGUCAGGCCAGACGCAAUCUGGCCAUCCGCGCCGCCCUCGGGCGCGUCUUCGCCGCAGCCGCAAGCCCCCGCUGCAGCCUGACGCCGCCAUGACCACCCUGAUUGCGCUCCCCAGCCUCGUCGCGCACUUUAACACCCUCCCGCCAGCCUUGCAAUCCCACUUCCUUCUCACCCUCCUUCGGCACUCGCCAUUGCCAGUCCUGCGCACAUUGCACUCUGUGCUGACCCCGACCCUCGCGCGCGACUUCCUCACCAUCCUCCCGCCAGAGCUCGUUUCCCACAUCCUGAGCUACCUUCCAUUCUCGACUCUCGCCCGCGCGUCGCGGGUGUCGAAAUCCUGGCGUGCCAUCAUUGAUUCGGACGGGGCGCUGUGGCGUGACCUAUUGAAGAAUACAAAGAUAUGGUUCGGCGGCGAAUCCGAAACUGCGUUCGCCAACUACAUCAACGCCAAACGUGCUCUCGAACCGAGCCCAUCAGAUGGCCUUCCCCUUCCUCACCCCUACAAACUACUCUUCAAGAGCCGCCAUCUCACCCGGACGCGCUGGGUGAACAACACCGACCCCAUGCACAUCUCCUUCCCCGCGCACGGCUCGUCCGUCGUGACGUGUCUCCUCUUCUCCCACGGGCGUAUCAUCUCCGCCUCCGACGACCACUCCAUCCAUGUAUACUCGCCUCUAACCGGCGAGCUCGUCAUGGCGCUUGAUGGUCACGAAGGCGGCGUGUGGGCACUGGCAGCCAGCAAGGACACCUUGGUCAGCGGCUCGACGGAUCGCACGGUCCGCAUAUGGGACCUCAAGACCGGGCGCUGCACCCACGUAUUCGGCGGACAUACGAGCACGGUGCGAUGUCUGGCGAUCGUUAAGCCGGAGAUGGUCGACGUGGAGCACGAGCCGGGCGUCAUUACUAGAGAGAAGUGGCCGAAGAGGCCGCUUAUCGUGACGGGGAGUCGGGACCACUCGCUUCGGGUGUGGACGUUGCCACGACCAGGAGACCCCGAGUUCAAGUGCUACGGUGAUGAGGCAGACGGUGACUUGCCUGAUACUUGCGACGCGGAGGAGAAUCCCUACCACCGCCUGCAUUUGGAGGGUCACGAGCAUGCCGUAAGGGCUCUCGCCGCGAGGGGUCGCACUCUCGUAUCAGGAAGCUACGACUGCUCCGUCCGCGUCUGGGACAUCAUCACUGGUCAGCAAAAGUGGGUCCUGCAGGGGCAUACGCAGAAAGUGUACAGUGUGGUGCUCGAUCCGCAGCGCAAUAUCGCCUGCUCGGGUUCCAUGGACGGCACGGUUCGCGUAUGGAACCUCCAGAACGGCCAAUGCCAACACACGCUCACCGGUCACACAUCCCUCGUCGGCCUUCUCGGCCUCUCUCCCUCCUACCUUGUAUCUGCCGCCGCCGACUCUACCCUCCGCAUAUGGGACCCCGACUCCGGGGCUCUCCAACACACCCUCGCCGCGCACACCGGGGCGAUCACCUGCUUCCAGCACGAUGAGUUCAAGGUGCUGUCCGGCUCGGACGGUACGCUCAAGAUGUGGAACAUCCGCGACGGCACCGUCGUCCGCGACUUGCUCACCGGCAUCAGCGGCGUUUGGCAGGUCGUGUUCGAGGGUCGCUGGUGCGUCGCAGCGAGCAACCGCAAUGACGCUACCGUGCUCGACGUCUGGGACUUUGGCGGUCCGUCAGACGGGGAGUGGAUCGGGGAGCCGCCUGGCGGGAUGUACGAUCUCGAGGACGACUGGGGUAGCGAUGAGGAGGUCGAGGACGAGCCCGGCCCGCAGCCCACGGAGGGCGAUGAUGCCAUGGAGAUGGACGGUCCUACGGGGAGCGAGGCGGGCUUCGGCGAGGAGGAUCAGGACAUGGAGCCGGAGGGCGAGGUUGAGAGGAGCACGACGGAGGAGCGGAUGUCGGAGGCGGAGAGCAUGGACGUGUCGGAGGUCGCGGGGCCGUCGUCGGGAAGGACGACGACAGGCAGGCGGUCGACGAGGACGAGUCGGGCGGCGGGGUCUUCGACGAAGCCUCCGUCAUCCAGAGAUGAUGGACCGGCACGACCAAGGAGGCAUGGGGCGUCGCGCAAGAAGUGGUGAUGAGCUCCAUGCCGUAGAGUGCCUCGCAUUACAGGCUCGACAUACUUUCCGGACUGCUAGACGCUCGGUCCUCCUCUCCUUCGAUUUGACAUUCAUGCCCCGGUCACGACGUUGGAAUGCCCAUACUUUUUCAACAUUUGAAACCCACCUCGACAUUCGCCAUUGGAACGUUCGGCUCUUGUACUUAACCUGCAUCUAUUGUGUAUAUGUUACCAUCGUCGUCUCUGAAUGCAUCUUCGUUCCUGUAUAGCUAUAUCAGUUCGUUGGACGAUGUUGUCUGCGUGCGGUCGAAACCAUGAGGCUUUCCCUCAAGAUUGUGGCUAUAGCUCAGGACUGACGCCUGAAUUAUCGCAUAUCUAGCUGCCUCGCUUACGUCUGGCGGACAUUGUUAAUGUACAUAUACAACCAGCCAACAGCGACUGUGAACUUUGGCUCCGUU